AGGCACCGAACCCCAUCAGGACGGAGAGGAAAUCCACAUCUGUGGGACGCUCCGCACGGAACCACCUCCAGCGAGGGAGGCCGGGGGACUGCAGCACCGAGAUGAAGGGCUAGACCGAGGGAACGCUGCUCAUGCGACGGCCGGGAGCGCCUGCGAGCUGGAUCUGGUGGAGGAUGCUGCGGCAGGUGCUUCGCAGAGGGCUCCAGUCGUGCUGCCACAGGCUGGGCUUGUGCGUGAGCCGGCACCCGGUCUUUUUCCUCACCGUGCCCGCAGUCCUGACCAUCACCUUCGGCCUCAGCGCGCUCAACCGCUUCCAGCCCGAGGGCGACCUGGAGCGCCUGGUCGCUCCCAGCCACAGCCUGGCCAAGAUCGAGCGCAGCCUGGCCAGCAGCCUUUUCCCCCUGGACCAGUCCAAAAGCCAGCUCUAUUCGGACUUACACACCCCUGGGAGGUAUGGCAGGGUGAUCCUCCUCUCCCCACCCGGGGACAAUAUUUUGCUCCAGGCUGAGGGGAUCCUGCAGACCCACCGAGCCGUGCUGGAAAUGAAGGUGAACCACAAGGGCUAUAAUUAUACUUUUUCCCAUCUGUGUGUGUUGAAAAAUCAGGAUAAGAAAUGCGUGCUGGAUGAUAUUAUUUCAGUGCUAGAGGAUCUCAGGCAGGCUGCCGUCUCCAAUAAGACAACAGCCAGGGUGCAAGUGAGGUAUCCCAGCACUAAAUUAAAGGAUGGGAGGAACAGUUUUAUUGGACACCAACUGGGCGGGGUAGUGGAAGUGCCAAACAGCAAGGACCAGCGGGUCAAGUCAGCCAGAGCCAUUCAAAUCACCUACUACCUCCAGACCUAUGGUUCUGCCACCCAAGACCUCAUAGGGGAGAAGUGGGAGAAUGAGUUCUGUAAGCUUAUGAGGAAGCUCCAGGAGGAGCACCAGGACUUCCAGCUCUACUCUUUAGCAUCCUUUAGCCUCUGGAGAGACUUUCAUAAGACCAGCAUCCUGGCCAGGAGCAAGGUCCUGGUGAGCCUUGUGCUGAUCCUGACCACAGCCACCCUCUCCAGCUCCAUGAAGGACUGUUUGCGCAGCAAGCCCUUCCUGGGCCUCCUGGGGGUGCUCACGGUGUGCAUCUCCAUCAUCACGGCAGCAGGGAUCUUCUUCAUCACCGAUGGAAAGUACAACUCCACCCUGCUUGGAAUCCCAUUCUUCGCCAUGGGUCAUGGAACUAAAGGAGUGUUUGAGCUUCUGUCCGGAUGGCGCAGAACAAGAGAGAAUUUACCCUUCAAAGACAGGGUUGCAGAUGCCUAUUCUGACGUGAUGGUCACCUAUACCAUGACCAGCUCCUUGUACUUCAUUACCUUUGGCAUGGGUGCCAGCCCAUUCACAAACAUAGAGGCUGUGAAGGUCUUCUGUCAGAACAUGUGUGUCUCCAUUCUGUUGAACUACUUCUACAUUUUCUCAUUCUUUGGCUCCUGUCUGGUCUUCGCGGGCCAACUAGAGCAAAACCGCUACCACAGCAUCUUUUGCUGUAAGAUCCCCUCCGCGGAAUACCUGGACCGCAAACCUGUGUGGUUCCAGACAGUGAUGAGUGACGGGCAUCAACAGACAUCCCAUCAUGAGACGAACCCCUACCAGCACCAUUUUAUUCAGCACUUCCUACGUGAACAUUACAACGAAUGGAUUACCAAUAUCUACGUGAAGCCGUUUGUCGUCAUCCUCUAUCUCAUUUACGCCUCCUUCUCCUUCAUGGGGUGCUUGCAGAUCAGCGACAGGGCCAACAUCAUCAAUCUACUAGCCAGUGAUUCUCCGAGUGUUUCCUACGCCAUGGUUCAGCAGAAAUAUUUCAGCAACUACAGCCCGGUGAUAGGAUUCUACAUCUACGAGCCGCUGGAGUACUGGAACAGCAGCGUCCAGGAGGAUCUGAGGAGGCUCUGUAGUGGGUUCACUGCAGUGUCCUGGGUGGAGCAGUACUACCAGUUCCUGAAAGUUAGCAACAUCAGUGCCAGUAACAAGAGUGACUUUAUCAGUGUCCUACAAAGUUCAUUUUUAAAAAAGCCAGAAUUCCAGCAUUUUCGAAACGAUAUCAUCUUCUCCAAAGCAGGGGAUGAAAACAAUAUUAUCGCUUCUCGCUUGUAUCUGGUGGCCAGGACUAGCAGAGACAAGCAGAAGGAAGUCAUAGAAGUGUUGGAAAAAUUGAGGCCCCUGUCCCUGUCAAAGAGCAUCCGAUUCAUCGUGUUCAACCCCUCCUUUGUGUUCACGGAUCAUUAUGGCUUGUCUGUCACGGUGCCUGUUCUGAUUGCAGGCUUUGGUGUCCUCCUGGUGUUAAUCCUGACUUUUUUCCUAGUGAUCCACCCUCUGGGAAACUUCUGGCUAAUUCUUAGUGUCACCUCAAUUGAGCUGGGCGUUCUGGGCUUAAUGACACUAUGGAACGUCGACAUGGAUUGCAUUUCUAUCUUGUGCCUUAUCUACACUUUAAAUUUUGCCAUUGACCACUGUGCACCACUGCUUUACACAUUUGUACUAGCAACUGAGCACACCCGAACACAAUGUAUAAAAAGCUCCCUACAAGAGCAUGGGACAGCCAUUUUGCAAAAUGUUACUUCUUUUCUUAUUGGGUUGGUCCCCCUCCUAUUUGUGCCUUCAAACCUGACCUUCACACUGUUCAAAUGCUUGCUGCUCACUGGGGGUUGCACACUUCUGCACUGUUUUGUUAUCUUACCCGUGUUCCUAACCUUUUUCCCCCCUUCCAAAAAGCACCACAAGAAAAAGAAACGCGCCAAACGGAAGGAGAGAGAGGAAAUUGAAUGCAUAGAGAUUCAAGAGAACCCUGAUCAUGUCACUACAGUCUGAAGGGUGUAGACAAAUGGAUUAUUUUUCUUUUCCAGUAUUGCACAAUGAUGCAGGGAGAGUAAAGCUCACUCCUCAGCUGCUUGGGCUGGCCAGGGGUAACAAGGAAAGUCAGAUCAAGAGUGAAUUGUUCAUGACACAUCAAGGUGUCCGCUUCCUGGGGGAAGAGAGAAUCAAAGAAGAGGGAAAUGUUCUUUACAACCUUGUUCUCCACUAAAGAUAAGUUUGGGGAUGUGAUCUUAGAGCUCUUCCAAGGAAUGGACGAAUGAAUGAAGCGUUGGAAGGCCAAAAGAUCUCACUGCUUUUAAAAAUAAAAUGCUUAAGAAGGAU